CUUCCCUUUUUUACACUCCAGUUCUUCUGCCGCUGAAGCACUGAGCGUCACUCCACAUCCAACGACAGACAUGGCGACAGUGGUCCAGCCCCUCACAUUGGAUAGAGAUGUUUCUCGAGCAAUAGAAUUGCUGGAAACACUGGAAUCCUCAGGAGAAGUUCCAGUCCACAAGCUGCAAUCUUUGAAGAAAGUGCUGCAGAGUGAAUUCUGCACAGCCAUCAGAGAGGUUUACCAAUACAUGCAUGAGACAAUUCCUGUAAAUGGUUGUCCCGAGUUUCGUGCCAGAGCCACUGCCAAGGCUACAGUAGCUGCAUUUGCUGCAAGUGAAGGUCAUUCUCACCCUCGGGUAGUGGAACUACCAAAGACUGAUGAAGGACUUGGAUUUAAUGUGAUGGGAGGAAAGGAACAGAAUUCCCCCAUUUACAUUUCUCGCAUCAUUCCAGGAGGGGUGGCAGAGAGACACGGUGGACUUAAACGAGGGGACCAACUACUCUCCGUUAAUGGAGUGAGUGUAGAAGGAGAACAUCACGAAAAAGCAGUUGAGCUUCUAAAGGCUGCGAAGGAAAGUGUAAAACUGGUUGUGAGAUAUACACCUAAGGUGUUAGAUGAAAUGGAGGCUCGAUUUGAAAAACUAAGGACUGCUAGGCGCAGACAGCAACAGCAACUACUGAUUCAGCAACAGCAGCAACAACAGCAGCAGCAACAGACGCAGCAAAAUCAUAUGUCGUAGGUGAGAGUUUUCAUUGCUUUCACUUUAUAAGGAAGCACAAUAUAUAUCAAGGACAUUUCACCUUUAAGAUUCUAUAUAAUAUAGUUCAAUAUAGUGAACUGUCA